GGCGGCCGUUGUUGGCACGUGCGGCGAUUGUGGCAAUUAGCUUCUGACCGUCCAUCACAAUCCUACCCACUGCUGCCUCCCUUCAUUUCUCAGCCAUGAUCAGCAGUAUCCAUGCAGUGAGCAUGUUGGGUCCCACCCUGCAGGUUCUUCGCGGUCGUUGGUUCAUGGUCUUCGCGUCGUUCCUGAUCAUGUCGGGGGCGGGAGCCACCUACAUCUACGGCAUCUACUCCAGCGACAUAAAAUCAUCAAUGUCCUACGACCAGCAGACGCUCAACACCAUCGGAUUCUUCAAAGACCUCGGCGCCAACAUCGGCAUCCUCUCCGGCCUAAUCAACGAGGUGACUGCGCCAUGGGUCGUCCUCGCCAUCGGCUCUGCAAUGAACUUCUCCGGCUACCUAAUGGUCUGGCUCGCCGUCACGGGCCGAAUCGCCCGACCCAAGGUCUGGCAGAUGUGCCUCUACAUCUGCAUUGGCGCCAAUUCCCAGACCUUCGCCAACACUGGCGCACUCGUCCCCUGCGUCAAGAACUUCCCGGAGAGCCGUGGCAUCAUGUUGGGCCUUCUCAAGGGCUAUGUCGGGCUCAGCGGGGCCAUUUUCACCCAACUCUAUCUUGCAUUCUACGGCCACCAUUCCAAAUCACUGAUCCUACUCAUUGGGUGGCUCCCAUCCGCACUCUCGAUCAUCUUUCUCGGCACAAUUCGGAUAAUCAAACCCAUCCGUCAGCUGAAUGAGCUCAAGAUAUUCUACUCUUUUCUUUACAUUGCACUAGCUCUAGCUGGAUAUCUUAUGCUUAUAAUCAUCGUCGAGAAGCAGACCAGCUUCUCCGCUACUGAGUAUGGUAGCAGUGCUGCUGUCCUUCUGUUCUUGCUCUUCCUCCCUCUCGCUAUCGUCGUGAGAGAAGAGCUUUCGAUACAGAAGCUCAAAAACCAAUCUACGAUAUCCAUCUCCAUGCAGGAAAAACCAUCUGUAUCAGCAAUUAAUGCACCACCCCUCCCACCAAUUCCUUCCUCUCCACAACAGCAACCGCCAACUAAGCGAACAUCAAUCUCCCGCAUUGCAGAUAUCUUUAAGUCACCAAAGAGAGGCGAGGACUACACCAUCCUGCAGGCGCUCGUGAGCAUCGACAUGUUAAUCAUCUUCAUCACGAUUGUUUGUGGCAUUGGCGGCACUCUAACAGCGAUAGACAACAUGGGUCAGAUCGGCGAGUCGUUAGGCUACCCUCGUCACACGAUCAGCACCUUUGUAUCGCUAAUAAGCAUAUGGAAUUUCAGCGGGAGGGUGGCAGCCGGCUUCUUCUCUGAAAUCCUCCUCUCUAAGCACAGGUUCCCUCGACCGUUGAUGCUUACGUGGGUCCUACUCCUCUCUUGUGUGGGCCACAUCCUGAUUGCAUUCCCCGCACCUGGGUCCCUCUACAUAGCAUCGGUGAUCAUUGGAUUCUGCUUCGGAGCGCAGUGGUCGUUGGUCUAUGCUAUCAUUUCGGAAGUUUUUGGACUCAAGUACUAUGCUACAUUGUACAAUUUUGGUGCUGUUGCUAGUCCGGUUGGAUCUUAUAUACUCAACGUGAAGGUGGCGGGACGACUUUACGAUCGGGAGGCGUUGAAGCAGCUGGCGGUUGUGGGUGGUGCCGUUACGGGCAACUUGAGUUGUAUCGGGCAUAAGUGUUACCAAUUAUCGUUUAUCAUCAUCACGGCUGUGACGUUCAUUGGAACGUUGGUUUCAGUUAUGCUUGUGAUCAGAACAAGGAAAUUCUAUAAGAGUGAUAUAUACUCUAGAUUCCGAGAGGUGGGUCAGAUGGGAACGGGUGAGAUGUGUGUCGGCCGAAAUGCGAAAGAUGGUGGAGAGAUGGAUGAGGAGAUAGUGUCCUCCACAGGUGUUGUUACUUAG